UUGAGAUGAGAUGGGGGAAUUAAGCAGUGGCCAAGAGCAGCUAGCUGCUGUGCUGGUGACACCAUUCAACUCAAUUUUAUCAUCUAAAAACAUCUCCACUUUUCUUCAAAAUCUGAUCACAAAUGGGUUUGGGUUUUAGACUUAACUUGAAAUGGGGUCUCUCUCUUCAACCUCAUCUCUCUUCUUCUUCUUCAUCACCUUCAUCUUUACCUUCAACUACAUAUUCUUCAUUUAAAAGCAAGGUUAUCAAUUAUGAUAUGGCAAGGGUAGCACUCCCAAUGGAAAAUGAAACUUCAUACAAUGAUGGUGUUAGUGGAAACAUAUGUUCAUCUACUUCCCGAAUCUUGGACAUUGAUUACUCGGAUAUCCGCAAUAUUGAGCGGAGAGUCUGCAAUUUGUUACGAGAUGAUACAUUAACAUUCCUUACAAGCUUACAAGCAAAUAGGAUUUCACAAUACCGGUUACUAUUGGAAAAUCUUGUUGUUUUGGAGGAUACAUUUGCAGAUUCGGAUGUGUUAACACUAGAAAAAGACAUAUUGGUUCAACUAGAAAAGCUUGGAGCUUUAAAGUCUUCUUCCUUCGAAACAUCCAAGUAUCCUUAUUCAGUUAAAUCUAUAGAUAAAGAAUCAAUCAAACCUAUAGUGCCUUCUACAAGAAAGGUUAAAAGAAGAUCACAAAGAGAUAGAAUAUCAAAUAAAGUGAACGGUGUUUGUACAGUGGAAUUUCACUCACAUAACCAAAAAAAUUUACGACGUGUAAACAGUUCAUCAAGAAGAUCAUCAAAUUCUAAAGGUGCAAGACUUAAGAUUACCAGGAAUGAGGCUGAGCUAUCACGAGGAGUUAAGAUGAUUGCUAAUUUGGAGAAAAUUAGGACGAUGCUAGAAGAAGAAACGGGGACUGUUAUUAAUUUUAGUAGUUGGGCAUCAGCAGCUGGAGUUGACAAGAAAGUGUUACUUGAAAACUUGCAAUUUGGUUGGUGUUGCAGGGAUGAGCUAUUGAAAAGUACACGAUCAUUGGUUAUAUACCUUGCAAAGAAUUACAACUUUCAAGGAAUAGCCUUCAAAGAUUUAAUCCAGGCAGGUAAUGUUGGUGUUCUUCAAGGUGCAGAACGGUUUGACCGCACAAGAGGUUACAAAUUCUCAACUUAUGUACAGUAUUGGAUAAAGAAAUCAUUGUUAAUGUUGCUAUCCCGCCAUGCUAGAGAGAUACGAAUUCCUUUCACGUUGAGCAAGGCUAUAAGCAAGAUACAGAAAGCUAAAAAAGCUCUAUAUAAAGGUGAUGGAAGAUGCCCAGAUGAUCUUGAGAUUGCAAACUUCACUGGUCUUUCUGUAGCUAAAAUUGAAUCAGCUAGCAAAUGCCUUAGAGUUGUCGGUUCCAUCAAUCAAACAAAUGCAAAGUAUUGGGAAUGUACGCCUGAUCCAACAAUGAUGUCUCCUGAAGAAGCUCUCAUUAAGGAACAAAUGAUCAAUGAAAUGUACGACCGUAUUGAAGAAUUGGAUGCAAGGGAGAGGAAAGUGUUAGUUUUAAGGUUUGGGCUCAAAGGGUACCAGCGAAAGACACUAGAGGAGAUUGGUGGAUUCUAUGGUGUAAGCAAGGAAUGGAUUCGCAGAAUAGAAAGGAAAGCAUUAACAAAAAUAAAAGUUGAUGACGAAGAAACGUUACAAUGUUUAAGACAUUAUUUGUACAUAUAAGUUUGUGAAGGAAACUCCAAAGUAACUGAACGUAUUCUUUGUAAAGUUGCAACAUUUGACUUAA